AUGCACGGAUCUAUCGAUUGUGAAAUAAUAUCAACUAAUAUGGGUGGUGAUAUUUGCACAGAUCAUAAUUCUCAUUCAGGAUCGCCUCCUUUGGAUUAUAAUACCGCAAAUGUUAGAUCACGCAUCUAUCGUUCAUAUACGUAUUCUCCGGCUUCUAAUAACAAGCCAAGUGUUAGGCUUGAAGUUUGUACUUCAUCCGAAUAUCAACAGUUUUAUGAUAAUCGUGGUGCCAUUCCGCAUAUUCAAAUUGUACAGUAUAAUUCCGGAAAUAGAUUCAAAGGUUCAGAAAAUGAAUCUGAUAUUUGUAAUCCAUUUCCUAUAAUUUAA